UGGCGUUUCAUUACUUUCCCUUCUUCGGCACAUUUUGGUUCUAUAGGGCCUUCUCUUCUCAGUCUUUUCCAGAAACCUACUCGGCGAAUCUGGUCCCUCAUUGAAAUGGAGAAGGCCGAGAAGAAAGCCGUCUCCGAUGACGAUCGAGGGAGUUUGCAGAUAGAUUCUUGCCCUAACUCCCAGGGCCUCCACCGGCGGCUCAAUAACCGUCAAGUCCAGCUUCUUGCCAUUGGUGGCUCCAUCGGCACUGCGCUUUUCGUUAGCAUCGGAAACGGCCUUGCAGCCAGCGGCCCUGCCAAUCUGUUCAUCGCAUACACCUUAUACUCCCUCCUUCUUGCGUGCAUCAAUAACUGCCUCGCCGAAAUGACUGUCCAUCAGCCCGUUGCCGGCGGUUUCAUCCGCCUCACUGGCAAGUGGUAUGACGAUGCGAUGGGGUUCAUGGUGGGCUGGAACUUCUUCCUCUAUGAAGCGCUCCUCAUCCCAUUCGAAAUCACAGCUAUCAAUCUUGUGCUGAAGUACUGGCGUGAUGAUAUUCCCGUUGCUGCUGUGUGUGUUGCUUGCAUCGUGCUCUAUGCCUUGAUCAAUGCCCUUGCGGUUGGUAUCUUUGGUGAAGCCGAGUUUUGGCUCUCCAUCGGCAAAGUCCUUCUCAUCUUCAUUCUAUUCUUCUUCACAUUUGUGACGAUAGUCCGCGGCAACCCUCAGCACGAUCCAUAUGGGUUUCGCUAUUGGAAGACCCCUGGAGCCUUUGCUGAACACCGGAGCACUGGUGAUCUAGGUCGUUUCGAAGGGUUCUGUGCUGCUCUCUGGUCCGCAUCCUUUUGCAUUGUUGGCCCGGAGUAUAUCUCCAUGUAUUCUGCAGAGGCUUGCCGACCUCGGCAUGUCAUCAAAAAUGCCUACAAGACAAUCUACUGGCGAUUCUUGUUGUUUUUCAUCCUUGGAUCCUUGUGCGUCGGCAUUGUUGUACCCUGGGACGACCCGGCUUUGCAGGCCAUUCUCAAGGGCAACAGCAGCGCGUCUGGUGCCGCCGCGUCUCCCUAUGUCAUCGCCAUGUCCAAUCUCAAAGUCGAGGGCCUGCCUCAUGUCGUGAAUGCUCUACUGCUCACGUCGAUCUUCUCGGCUGGAAACACGCUGACUUACUGCGCUACUCGAUCUCUCUAUGGCCUCGCUCUCGAGGGCAGGGCACCCGCCUUGUUGAAAAAGACUGUCCGAGGAGUGCCAAUCUAUGCUUACGGAAUCGUCAUGUGCUUUCCGUUCUUGUCAUUUCUGCAGCUAUCGAAUGAUUCUGCUCAGAUAAUCAAUUGGUUGGUUUCUCUCAUCACUGCUGGCACGCUUAUCGACUAUCUCGUGGUCUGCAUCACAUAUGUCAACUUCUACAGGGCAUGCAAGGUCCAGGGACUUGAUCGGAAAACACUUCCCUACUAUGCCUACUUUCAGCCUUACUCGGCUUACAUUGGUAUCUUUUUCAUCUGCAUUGUUCUCAUCUUUUACGGAUACUCUGCUUUUGGUCCCCCGACGGUACAAGGGUUCUUUCAAAACUACACCAUGCAGGUUCUGGCGCCGAUCCUCUACUUUGGGUGGAAGAUUUUCAAAAAGACCCAGAUUGUGAAGCCUCACGAGGUCGAUCUCGUUUGGGAGGCGCCUGCGAUCGAUGCCUAUGAAGCAACCUUCACUGAGCCUCCGACUGGAUUCUGGAGAGACAUGUUGGAUAUGUGUCUGUUUUGGCGCAAUAAGUCAAAGCAAUAA